GACCGUUUAUAUCUGCAGAGUCGCACCUCCCAUUUCGGUUUCCUCCCAGAGUAAAAACAGACAGGGGGAAAACAGAGUUACCGAGAGGUAAAACCAAGAAUAAAUUAACUGCAGGCGAAGAAGAAGAAAGUGAGAGUAAAUAAACCGUCGAUCGUCUCACUGCCGGGAGGGGAUGAUGUCCGAAAGCGAGGAGCACGGCUCGCUCCUGGAGAAGAUCAACGAUAAGAUCCAUGACUACAAAAAGGACUCAUCGUCGUCCUCCUCGGACUCUGACGACGACAAGAAGAAGUCUCAUAAAUCCAAGAACAAGAAGAAGAAGCUGUUUGGCAGGAUGCACCCGCUUCACCACGUCCUAGGCGGAGGCAAAGCUGCUGAUCUUGUUCUGUGGAGGGACAAGCACACCUCUGGAAGCAUUCUUGCAGGGGUGACUGUGGUCUGGUUGCUGUUCGAGGGCAUCGGUUACCACCUCCUCACCUUCCUCUGCCACUCGCUCAUCGUCUUCCUCACUGUCUGCUUCGUCUGGUCCAACGCUGCAUCCUUCAUCAACAGGUCUCCUCCACAGUUCCCAGAUGUAAUUUUAUCUGAAACCCAGUGCCUGAGGAUAGCUCAUGUUCUGAGGAAAGAAAUCAAUGAAGCAUUCCUGACCUUACAAAGUGUUGCUUCCGGAAAAGACCUGAAAACAUAUCUUAAGUCAAUUGGGGUCCUCUGGUUCAUUUCUAUAAUUGGUAGCUGCUUUAGCUUCUUGACUCUGUCUUACACUAUUUUCCUGAUGGCAUACACACUCCCCAUGCUCUAUGAGAAAUAUGAAGAUGAGGUUGAUGUCGUGGGCGAGAAGGCCCUCAUCGAGAUCAAGAAGCAAUAUGCAGUGCUGGAUGAGAAGGUUCUGUCGAAGAUCCCAAUGUUAUCCGACAAGAAGCAGCACUGAAACUAAUGCUUUGAAGCGUGAAACCCUCCACACUUUCAGCACAUGAGAAAAAUAGUGGUUUCGUCUGCUGUCAUCACCUAGCAAUCUUUAAGAUACGGCAUUAUAGAUAUUAUCUCGAUUCUUAUGCAUCGGAAAUUUGACUUUUCUGAGUAGUAGAAGAGAACAAUGUCGAUGGUCACGCGAAGUAGUUGCCUCCGCUUGUCGGUUUCGAUUCAUAUUUUGAGAUUCUGUUUGGUCACACGAUACAUAUGUCAGACUAAUUUCUAUAACCA